GUCCCUACAACGAUCUUGGGCCGCUCACUUUCAAACUGUGACUGAUCGACGACGACGAUGAUCAAGCGCCUGUUCUCGACCGCCACCAAGAAGAAGCUGACUGUGGACCAGUUGCACGCUCGCGGUGGCAUUCAGGGCAAGCGUGUAUUGGUGCGAGCUGACUUGAAUGUGCCUUUGAGCAAGAAGGAUCCCAGCGUGAUCACCGACGACACUCGCAUCCGCGAAGCAUUGCCGACGUUGCGUUUCCUAUUGCAGAACGACGCGUCUGUUGUGCUAUCCAGCCACUUGGGCCGACCGAAAGGACAAGUCAAUGACAAGAUGCGCUUGGCGCCUGUCGCCACGCGGUUGUCUGAACUUUUGGGGAAACCGAUCGUGUCUGUAUCGGAUUCAAUUGGGUCGGAAGUGGAUGCGGCGAAAGCGGCGCUUAAAGGCGGUGAAGUCCUCCUGCUUGAAAACUUGCGCUUCCAUCCCCAAGAAGAAGCGAACGACCCUGCAUUCGCCAAGGACCUUGCACGGAACAUUGAUGUGUUUGUCAACGACGCCUUUGGCACGGCCCAUCGUGCGCACGCCUCGACUGAAGGAGUGACCAAGUUCAUUCCCGUGUCGGUGGCAGGCAAACUCCUCGAAAAGGAGCUCAAGUACCUCAGCGAAGCGGUGGACAGCCCCAAGCGCCCCUUGGCAGCGAUCAUUGGCGGCGCCAAAGUGUCCACGAAGAUCCCCGUGUUAGAAUCCCUGCUUGAAAAGUGCGACAAGGUUUUCCUCGGCGGUGGCAUGAUUUUCACGUUUUAUCGAGCCCAAGGUAUUUCAGUGGGCAAGUCCAUCGUCGAAGAAGACAAGAUUGAAUUGGCCAAGUCCCUGUUGGAAAAGGCCAAGCAAAAAGGCGUCAAGUUCAUCCUUCCUACCGACGUAGUCGUCGCGGACAAGUACGAUGCCGACGCCAACUCGAAAGUUGUAAGCAUUUACGACAUUCCCGAUGAAUGGCUGGGACUUGAUGUUGGACCGGAAACCCAAGCCGUGUUUGAAUCUGAAUUGGUCGACUGCAACACGAUUGUCUGGAAUGGCCCGAUGGGGGUCUUUGAGUUUGAAAAGUUUGCCCAAGGGACGAAUCACGUGGCCAAAAUCCUCGCUGCUCGCACCAAGGAUGGUGCGACUACAAUCAUCGGAGGCGGCGAUUCGGUUGCGGCAGUGGAACAAUGCGGAUUGGCCAAGGAGAUGAGUCACAUUUCGACGGGGGGUGGCGCUAGCUUAGAACUUCUCGAGGGGAAAACCCUUCCCGGCGUCGCUGCGUUGAACGAUGCAUAAACAUGUUGGUGUCCCUUGUGUUAAGCUCUGAACGAACGUUAGAUAGACAUACCACUUCAACGCUCCCGGUCACUAUUAGUAGUACUAACAGUAAGUACUAUUAAUACGUAGUAGUACUCCGAG